AUGGACAGUACUGCCGUCAACGUGAAAGAAGAAGAAACUGUCGCCAAAGGUGAUGUUGCCACAAUUGCUGCUACCAAUGCGGCGAAUUCGAUAGCAGUGACUGAUGAAAUUGUUCCACCCAUUAAGUUAGACAAAGAAAUUAUUAUGACCACCGAUAAUGUUGAACAUGUGGUGGUCAGUGAACAAGCCGAUGUGUCAAAUGAAGCUGCAAUUACCGUUAACACCACUAGUAACAAAGAAGAUCAAUUAAAUAUAGCCAUGGCGUCUACAACAAUAUCGACUAAUGAGGUAGAUGAGACUAAACACAAUCUAGGUGAUACAGUUUCGGACAAGCAACAGAAACCUGCGAUAGCUACAGUUGAAAAGGAUAUUGUAAUCGAUGAAACCUCUAAUAUAAAUCUAGAUAUCUCUUUAAAAACAAAAUCAGAGUCCGAUGAAAUAUAUAACUCAACAAUGGGUAGUGUGUUUGAAGAUGCUGUUGAAUAUAUUAUCAAUGAUGAAGAAGAUAAUGUAAAUGAACAGCCUCAAGAUGUAAUUCAAGAAGAAAAUGUUCUAGAUGAUGAGAGUAGUUCGCAACAAGAAAUAGAGGGAGGUGAUGGUGAAGAAGACUAUGAUGAUGAAGAAACUAAAGAUCCUGCAGCACCUGCAGAACCCGUAGUACCUGUACCUGUGGACGAUGAUACUAAUGAUCCACAAUACAUACCUAGGCGUGGACGGUUCUACGAGCAUGAUGACCGCAUGGCAUAUAGUACAACAAGCUCUGAAGGGUCAGAAUCAGAUAAUGGAUAUGAAGAAGAUUCAGGAGAUGACGAUGAAGUUUCUGAUCGUCGCCGAGUUAGAAGACGACAUACCGGUAUUAAAAAACAAAAGUCAGUGACCCCAGUAGAUACUGCUGAAAACACUGCUUUGGCAGUUGAGGAUGGAUCACUGCCUACUAAAAGAGUUUUGGCCAUAUCUAAGGUUGCUGCUACAACAAAAGACUCUGAAACUGCUGUAACUGCUGAUGGAUUGGCAAAAAAAUUCGGUGUAGGUUCUAGAAAAUCUCGUGAUUUAGAUGCUCUUGAUAGAUGGACACAUGAUAUGUAUGAUGAAAGCGAGCAAACUCGCAAAAGUCGUGAUGAGUUACUGGCCUCUUAUGGAUAUGACAUACGUGAGGAAUCGGAGGCACCUCGAGCUCGACGCCACCAUAAAUAUGGGCGAGCUGCCACUACCAAAUAUACUCGUAGUUGGCAGGAUACAAAAGCUUACACUGGUGCUGCUGGAGGCCAACAGUCUAUGAAAGUUAAGCGUGGAGGUAUGGCUCGACGCAAUGUUGGUGGUCUAAAUAAGAACAUAAACAAAUCUACAACUGAUGAGUAUACCUCUGAAUUCCCUGCAUUGGAUGAUACAAAAAAAUCAGAGCCUAAUACUUCAACUCUUCCUUCAACUGAGUCUUCAGUUGCAGAAGGCUCAGACCAGAAUUAUGAACAACAACUGAAAUCUCUUUCUGUUCAGAAUGAAGAUAAAAAAUCUGUGGCUGCAGUUGCGGAAACUAGCCAGGCUCGGCAUCACACCUCGUCCCGAGCAACUCCGAAAUAUAAUACAACUUCUCCUACAAAUCGAAACAAUCGCCAGGACCAGCAAAAUGGUGGACCUUCACCUUUAUCGUCAUCAACUAAUAAUAAAAACUAUUACAAUCGGCCUUCAACUGAGUCUCCAAUUAGCAAAGAAAAAGGUGCUCAAGUAAAUCGAGACUCUCCUUCCUCAGCAGCUAACUCAAACUUCUUUAACCGAAGACCACAACCAAACAGUGGUGGCCAUACUCAACAUCAUAAUUAUAAACAGCAACACUACAACAGCAGUCCACAUAACCAGCAACACCAAAAUUCUUCACCUUCAGGACCUCGUGGCCGUAACUUCCAUCAACACCAUACUUCGCAACAGUAUAAUCGUGAUAGAUAUUUUUCUAAGGGAUCAAUACCUUCAUCUUCAUCCAGUUCAAAUCAACACAAUUACGAUCAGCAGCAUCAUUCUGGAGCGCCUACUACUGCUGGCACAGGACGUACACAACAUGGUGGCGGACAUUAUCAACACUACAAUAAUCGUCAAUAUGAAAACGAAAAUCAACCAAUUGAUCCGCCUGCACCACCAACACCGGUUGUGCGUAGCUCAAAACGGUACUCAGUUCAAAGCCGCAGAGAGCUUCCAGACCCAGUACUAAAUUUUGGUGGAAUAUCUAAGACACCUCAGCCACAUCCUCCAGCUCCUCAGCAACAAAAUGGGUUAGUUAUGCAAGAUCAACAAAUUCAAUCUCAACAACAAAUGCAACCCGCUCCUCAGCAAUUACAACAGCAACAACCAAUCCAAAUUCAUCAACAACCACCGCCAUUGAUACCACAGUACCAUCAACCCUUACAACAAAUACAUCACGGCAUGGUGCUUGAUCACAACACUGGUAUGAUGGUUAUGGCUGCUGCUGAUCCAACUAUGUACCAUCAUCAAAUGUAUGCUACACCCCAGUAUGCUACUGGAGUUGCACCGGGUCCAACAGCUGGAAGUGCUGAUGAACAGAAUGCAGCAGCAGCAGCUGCUGCAGCUGCUCUUCAGAUGCUUGCAGCUCAGGCAGCUGUUUACCAACCAGUACCAACAGGUGCUACAGGUGUAACAUCACCACCAUCUGGAACACAAUCCUUGCAACAACCAGAAACCUUCAUGACUACUUACUAUCAACCACAGCAACAGCCCCAACAACAACCUCCUCCAAGACGUGUUAAUUUGGCUAUACCCAUAGUGGCACCGCCUCCAGAACCCAAUCAACAGCAAGGGAAUUUGAAAACCAACUUAUCCACUACACCACCUCCUACUACAGCUUCAACCAAUUGA